UUCUCCCCUCCAUUUUUGUGGCACCCCCGACCCCUUUCGCAAGCCACCACCGCUCCUCAAAACUCCCUCUCAUCCCUUUUCCCCUUCCUAUCAAACCCUUCCUCCUCCUCUCCUCCAAAACCCUAACCCAAACCCCUCUCUCUCUCUCUCUCUCUCUCUCUCUCUCUCUCGAGACGAAGAUGAAGGGGCCGGGGCUAUUCUCCGACAUAGGAAAGAAAGCCAAAGAUCUGCUCAACAAGGACUAUAGCUACGACCAGAAGCUCACCAUCUCCACGUUCAGCUCCACUGGAGUGGGCCUUACGUCUGCUGCUGUGAAGAAAGGUGGACUUUAUACUCUCGAUAUUGGUACCCAAUACAAGUACAAAAACACUCACAUUGAUGUCAAACUUGACACAGACUCAAAUGUCUCCACUACCCUCACCAUCUCAGAAGUUCUGCCCUAUACAAAAACCAUUGCUUCUUUAAAGUUCCCCGAUUACAAGUCUGGAAAGCUGGAGUUACAAUAUUUUCACGAUCAUGCUAGUCUUGCUACUGCUGUGGGUCUAAAGGCAUCCCCAGUUGUUGAUCUUUCUGGGACUGUAGGUGUCCAUGGAGUUGCCUUUGGCGCAGAAGCUGGUUAUGAUACUGCCUCAGGGAAUUUUACCAAAUAUAGUGCUGGAAUUGGGUUAUCGAAGCCAGAGUAUAAUAUUUCUGUCGUUUUAGGGGACAAGGGAGACAGUCUAAGAGCUUCAUAUGUGUACCUUUUCGACGAUGAACAGAAGACAUCUGUGGUGGCGGAGGUUACAAGGAGAUUCUCGACUAAUGAUAACACCUUCACAGUUGGUGGUUCCUAUGCAGUCGACCCUUUAACCACCGUGAAAGCAAGGCUCAACAAUUCUGGUAAGCUAGCAGCUCUUAUUGAUACAAGGGCCAAGUCGAUUUUGGCCACCAUCUCUGGUGAGUUCGAUACCAAGGCCUUGGACAAGCCUCCAAAGUUUGGUUUAGCACUUGCUCUGAAGCCCUGAAUGUUCUGUCGAUAGAGGUUUAAUCUAAAUUUGGAUUUUUUUCAGUUGGGUCGAGAAACUACAAGCAAUAAUGUUUGUUCCACAGACAUUUAGCUGUUGAAGUUUUGGAUUACUGUGGAAAACUUGUCGAUUUGGAUGGAUUUUUACUUUUUAAGUUGAUUCUUUCUAAAUUUUUGAAAGCAUUUUGUGUGCGGUGGUUCCCGUUAUUCUUUUAUUCUGUAAGUUGGUCCUUUUUAAGUUCUUGCUUUUUAGCUCUCA